UUUUGUCCUACGUGACAUGCCGUCGCAGGUACCGUAAAACAACGUUGACUGUCGUAACUGCUCGUCAGGCAACAGAGGUCACAACAAAACAUUCAGUAUGGGUGGGGACCACGGCCAUAACAAAGUGUCCCUGCCAGACUGGCGGCAGUGGAAAGCGGAGGGAACCCCACUGGAGUUCACACAGCAGCGGUUGAAGGCUAGGGGCCUCAAAGACCCAUGGGCACGUAAUGAGGCGUGGAGAUACUCAGGUGGUUUUGCUCGUGCUGUGACCCUGUCAGAUGUGCUGCUGAGAGGAUUCAAGUGGGGCUUUGCUGCCUUCACUGUUGCUCUGGCUGUGGAGUACACGCUGUUCCCACCUAAGAAGGGCGGCCACUAAUGAUCACCUCCCAAAUCCCAACAUUACAUAAUGGAUUCUAAUAAUAUUCUGUAUUUUCUGUUAAUUAAAUGUCUUUUUGAUCACUGUA